CCACUACCGUCCCCUAUUACCAUUCCAGUACAGUAUAUAAUAGACACAUACAUACACUCUUCUUCUUCUGUUACUCUAUCUCUUUUCUUUCUUCGAUUAUAUCGUUACGAUAAACGUAUGAGAGAAGAGAGUCGAUAUCAACGAGAGGCAACCUUAAAUAAUCUAAAUAAAAUUGAUUCAAGUAAAUCUGUGACUUUGUUUUAUGAAUCUCUAUAAUCGGUGAUAAAAUAUAUCAGAAAAGAAAAAGUUAACCGAUUCGAUUUUCUUUCGUCAAAGUUUUCUAUUUUUAUUCUACGUGACUUCUUUUUCUCUCUUUCUUCCUUUUCUUUUUUUCUUUUUAUCUAAUCGAAUUGAUCGUAGUUCUUCGAUAAUAAGAUGUUAAUACCGUUGAUCAUAUUCAUCGGCACGAUCAUUGGAUCGAGCAUUUCUAUCGCCGAGGAUUGCAAAGGUUGCGUCCCUUUGGAUUCUUAUUCCUUCGACAAGGUGAUAGCCAAGUUUAAGGCAUCAGUUGUCAAAUUCGAUGUAGCAUUUCCAUAUGGAGAAAAACAUUUACAAUUUGGAAAGAUAGCAGCAUCCACCAAAGAGUCUCAAGAUCUUUUAGUCGCUGAAGUUGGCGUUAAAGAUUUUGGCAACAAAGAUAACGCAGACUUGGCUAAGCGUUACAACAUUAAGAAGGAAGAUUUUCCAGUUGUACUAUUGUUUUUACAAGGAAAAACGGAACCUCUUAGAUUUGUUGCAGAAAAGGAUGAUGAUUUUACUGCAGACAAUAUCAAACGAUUUGUUAAAUCAAAGUCAGGCGUUUAUCUUGGAUUACCAGGUUGUGUAGAACAAUUAGAUAGACUUGCUGAGGAAUUUAAAACUAGUGCAGAAAAUGAUAGACAGGAAAUUUUACACAAAGCUAAAGUCUUUGAGGAAAUAUUACCAGAAACGCAACGUGCAGCUGCAAAGGUAUACGUUAAAACGAUGGAAAGAAUAUUGGAGCGAGGAGACAUAUUUGUUCAAACAGAACAAACACGACUCGAAGGCCUUCUAAAAGGAAAGUUAUCAGAUGAGAAAAAACGUACAAUGGAAGAAAGGAGAAAUAUUUUACAAUCGUUUACGCACAGGGAUGAGCUGUGAAAAAUUUUGUACACAAUAUGAAUCUCAAAGAUAUAAAAAAAUAUUCAGAUAUUAAAA